AUGCCCCAAUUUCUAUUCUGCUCGUCUCCUCCAUUUCCCUUUCCCGUCCUGCCGCUGCCCGCUGCUCUAGGCUCUAGCUCGUCGCAAUGUGAAGCCGCCGCGCGUUCCCGCGACACCACCGUUGCAGCCGGCGCCGGCGAGAGUAUCGACGCCCGCCGCCUGCUCGACGGAAUGCCUCCGGGGCAACCGGCCAAGAGGGCAGUACCUCCGGUGGCCGGGGGCGGAGGCAGCAUAGAAUCUCUGCCGGACGGCGUCCUCGAGCACAUACUCGGCUUUCUUCCGUCUGCUGAGGCCGUGCAGACGUCUGUGCUCGCCCGGCGCUGGCGUCACCUCUGGAAAUCCGCCACAGGCCUGCGCAUCGGGUGCCUCCUCGCCGAAGAUCCAAUGUCCGUGGAGGAGCAUCGGAGCCUAGUGAAUCAUCUGCUGGUCCUCCGCCAAGGCUCGCCUCUCGAGGCAUGCGAUUUCACAAUUGGAGACUUCAGCGGCGGGGACGAUGUGCGUCACGUGAACCUCUGGUUCCGGCAGGCUGUGAUCUGCAGAGCGCGGAUGCUAAGGAUAUGUAUGAUCUCGUCUGACUCCGUCAAAUAUCUGCAUAUCAAUGCUUCUGUGCUCAGCAGUGAUUCCCGCAUUCACAUUUAUGCCCCAAAUCUGGCUUCACUGCGCCUUGUUUACCUCCGUGAGAGGACUCCAAUGCUUUAUAGCAUGCCAUCACUAGUGGAGGCAGUUGUCACAAUAGAUGAGGCGUGUACGGAUCACUGCAAUGGCGCAAACUAUGAGACUUUUGAUUCUUGUAUCCUUGAACACUCACCCGUUCUAGAGAAGCUCACUCUUCAACUUGGCCCAGAGAUGCCGCAACCUAAAGUGGAGAUGAAACUAUGUGUCAGUUCGACAAAGAGAUCAGCUGCAAUUUCAGAAUACCUUAAGAAAGUGGAGCUCAAGUGUGAAGUAGUUGAUGAUAGCGUUCUCAAAGUUUUGAAGUUCCUGUCUACAUAUAACAUAUAUAGCAUCAAUGUAUCUAAAUAUUGA